AUGGACUCGAGGAAUAAAGGAAAAGAACAUGCCCAAAAUGACGAUACAGAUCCAACUCUGCCUGAGCUGGCAGCUGAAUACCCCACAUCGAAAGUUGCUGAGUCGUCUGAAAAAGAUCAAGCAGAAGAUGGUCUUGACCUAGGCUCGCUAACUGUUAAAGUACCUUGCCACCACAUCCGUUUAGGCGACUACAUCAUUCUUCAAGGCCGCCCAUGCUCAAUUAUUAAAAUAAUGACGUCCUCGAAGACCGGUCAAUACUUUUAUGAAGGUUGUGAUCUUUUCGAUAGGCGACUUUACACAGGAUAUUCUUUUAUCUGGAGUCCUGCGCCUCGCAUUGCUGUUCAGUCUAUGCUGGGCCCUGUCUUCAAGCAAUAUCGAGUUUUGCGGUUGGAACAUGGAAUGGCAGUUAUCAGUGGUGAGAACGAAGGUGAAUACCCAGGGGUCAAGAUUCUUCAGAACCAAAGUCUCUACUCACGACUUGAGAAUGCGCUUAACUCCAAUCGUGAGUUUGUUAUUGUCGUGGUACUCGAGCACGAACACGAAAAGCUCGCUGUGGAUCUGAAGGUCAUUGAUACAAGCUCACCAGAUGUCAAAACCGAGAAGUCACUUCAUGCAGCUGUUAGGGGUAAAAGUGACUCGGAAUUCGAAAUCCAGCUAUUCCAGUUCGCUGAACGCCAUAGUGACAUUGAUCAAUUGGACCAAAGCGGCGAGACUGCUCUGGACAUUGCUGUGUCGAUGCCACAAUGGUAUGACAGAGCCUUGAUGUUAUUGAAGGCUGGUGCAUCGCCAACUGCGCAGCUGGAAGAGCCCUUCAUCUCCCUUCUCAACGCAGCAGCGGAGGGGAGUAUAGAGAAACUUGAACAACUAUUCCAGAACAAUGUGAAGCUCAACAGACGCGAUCGUCUUGGGUAUACGGCUCUCCACGAGGCUGUUUAUUUUGGCCAUUUUAGCGCUGUUGAGUUUCUGGUGGCAAACGGGGCUAAUGUCAAUGCAAUUGUGACCUAUGGAGGAGAUACAGUCCUGCAUGUGGCUGUCCAAAAAGGACUACAGCAUCGAUAUUAUCUUGAUGAUGCUCGGGCACAGUCUCCACGUCUAAGUCAAGAUCAUAUCAAGAUAAUAGGCUUUUUAGUGCGGCAUGGGGCCGAUACGAAGAUGAGAAGAAAACGUGGUCAUCUAACAGCCGCAGAGCUCGUGUCUCAAGAGCUUAGGAGGCCCAAAAAGUAUCAGCCUGAUGAGAUAUGCUAUCUCCAACGAAUACUUAUCAUGCUAAGUACAACCUCGUAUAGUCAACAAACUGAGGAGGUUGCAGGUGGUGAACUAACAGUGGAUGAUGAAUUGAUAAAACUCAGGGGUGAGUUUCGAAACUCAAGUUGCAAGAGCUCAUACUUCGAGAUGCCUGUUGCAGAUCUACUCAUCAGUUCACGAAACGACCUCAACAGAAUUAUUCGCCAACACAGAGAGGACGUUUAUGACAGCAUGUCAAGGAUAAAUUGGGUAUGGGUUCAUUUGCCGGCAAACCUGAAAGACUGGGUUGAGGAUGCAAUCUACAAGCUUACGUAUACCGAGAAAACCGUCUUGAAAGAGUACUAUCACGCUGUUCAAAGAUUUAUUUCUGGAUCAUUCAAUGAAGUUAGAGGACCUAUUGCAGGUUCACACUCUCGAAAGCCAUGCUUUCAUCCCCAGCCUGGAUCUCACAACGAAAUAUUCUCUCUGGUGGUCCCGUAUCUUGACGCAGAGAACCUCUACUGUUUGCAUAACCUGGAGAGAGUGGUAGAUGGCUGCUCUGACUCCAAAGACUGCAACAAAACAUAUUCCAUCAUGGACAGAUUGAGGGCUAGCUACUCAAGAUUUAGUUGGCCAGUGGACAGGCUACAUACACCCCUUACACUUGACCAAUCCUAUAAUCUCUCUCUUGGGAGGUCAGAAGAACGAGAUAAAGAUCAAGUGGUCGUCAAACAUUUCACUACUUCGGAACAGUCAGUGCAUGGAGGUUAUUUGCGGAGGAGCAGUGAAAGAGGGGCAAUAGGCCAAUACAAAAGAAGCAAGCUUAUUAUGGUGAAGCAGAUAUGGAUAUGGAAAGUUGAUGACACCUCUACCGAUCGUCGGCAUCGAGACGGAACAGAGCUUCGGGAAAAAAUGUUCCAAGCUACGGGGAGUAACCCCCCUCGGUCUUUAGGUUUAACAGUUUCCCACAUAUUGAGCUGCAUUACUCAAUUUAUUAAUGAGCCGACAAACGCCGGAUUGGACGAAAGUCCGUUGCGAAUAUUUGAGCAAACAAUCGCGAAAUUGGCAAGUCGAGAAGCCCAAAAUUAUAGAGACUUUUACGAUUGGCAGAAGCGUUUGACAGACCUAUCGGGUCAGGAUCUAAAAGAGAACCAAGACAUCCUCAAAAGAAGAGAAGAAGCAAUGAAACGUAUCCAGCGGGAAGUUUGCGAUAUAACGAAAGAAUCCGGUGACCUUCUGCAGAUUAAGGACGUCAGACAUGAAUUGACAAUGAUUUGUGGGGUCCUUGACGGUCAAUGGAUGUCCAUCAAAGAAUACGCAGAUCAGAGAAUACUAGCCAUUGAGGAGAGAAUCAAUGGCAUCGAGGAAGCAAUGAAGGAUGAAGAGGAAAGUAUGAAUGACAAUGAGGAGAAAUUACAACGAGAUCGAGACAUACUGCACGAUGAGUGGGCAGAACUGGAAAACGCCAUCGACAAUGUCAAGUCACAGCUAUCAAAGGUCAACUCUCUGAUAAAAAAUGCAUUUUCAGUAGAGGAAUCGAUCAAAAGCCUACUAGAUUUGAAGCAGAAGCAGGGCAGUCUUAUGGCUGUGCGGGAUACUCAAAGUCUCACGAGAACUGCUGAUUCACGGGCAAGAGAAGGCGAACGGCAAAGUCAGCUCCUGCUGAUCUUCACGAUAAUUACUGUUUUCUUUACCCCUGUGUCAUUCACGUCCGCUUUCAUGGCUAUUCCGACCAAAGAUUUCCCACACAAUGGCGAAGGGGAAGUUUCAUGGGGAUGGGUGCAGGUGUUUCUUGCAAGUCUUAUUGCCGAGCUUUUCACGUUGCUCUGUGUAUCGCCAUGGAUAUUCUCUGAGCUGCAGCUUUGGUAUCAUCGAUCUGGAUCCGAAUCCUGGAUAGCCUUGCUCAAGUGGGAAAAAAAGGACAAGAAACGUAGGGAUUCAGAAGCUCGAGCAGGGGGAGUACACUGA